AUGACGGGAUCUACAGCAUACAAAAAGCGAGCAAAGUUCCCACUCGACCUCGUCUCAGCUGUGGCAAAGGCCAUCGGUCCCUUCAACGUUGCCAUCCGCUUAGAGCCGACCGGAGUCUUCAAUCACACCCGCGGCACAGAACGCGUUGCUCAAGCCUACGCUGAUGAUAAUCGACUGUCUUAUGUGCAUCUUAUCGAGCCACGACUGGACCGUAUUGACUCCGAAGCGGAGAAGGACGGUUUCUAUCGCAGUUGGAGCUUGCCGGCAGUCUCGAACAUCCUGAAGGGCACGCCAACCCUUACCUGCGGCGGGUGGGGCUCAGAAAAUCACAACAAGGCGUUAGAGCAAGGGUGGGAUGCAGUUGUAUUCGCUAAAUGGUUCGUGAGCAAUCCUGACCUGCCCGCUCGUCUCAAGAACGGCGCGCCACUGCAUGCUUAUGACCGAAGUCGUUUCGUCGGCUCGUCGGACAGGGUGAGAGAAGCCGGGUACACUGAUUAUCCAACAGAGGAGGAGGAGGCUACUGCCCAAUAG